AUGGUAAUGCGAACACGUAAUUUAGUACAACGAGAUAAUACGCUAGAAGUCACUUGCUCUGUAAAAGGCGAAAUAAAUGAGACGAGCCCCGAGUUUUCGAUUAGCGGGUGCGCUACCUUCCAAUUGAAGGCAGUCUCUUCUAACAACUGUGGGUGUGGUAACAGCUAUUUGUACGAAAAUAUGAUCCUUGUAAGGUUUUUUAAAAACUGUCAAAAAGACGACUUGUCCUACUCCAUAACUUUAUCUAGUAAAAAACUAUGCAUUGUAGAAAAAAGCUUUCUGUCUGACGACGGUACUUGGCAUUUGAUUAAGGAGAAUUAUGCAGAAUCAGCGUUUGACAUCUCGGUCGUCAUGAAUACAGUACACGUCAGCACAUUCGAAGUACUUCACGAUGAUACUAAUCUAACCGACUUUGAGCUUCGCGGAGAGGAUGGAUCGGUGAAAAUUCAUAAAGCAAUCCUUGCAGCUUGUAGUCCCACAUUCAGGACGAUGUUCUGCGGCAGCUGGCGAGAGACUACAGAAGGUCACGUCAACGUCGCAGGCACUUCGGCACUGACGUUGCGACACCUAAAAGAUUACAUAUAUUUGGGCACGCUGCCCGAUACUGGCCUUGAGCAGAUCUUGCUUCUUGCUUUGUAUUACAUGAUACCAGAUUUAGAGCAGAAAUGUGUAAAUAAAUUGGUGGAUAGCUUGACAGCGCAGAACGCGUACGACCUGCUAGAGUUCGCGGUGAAACACAAAGUCACCAGGCUUGUUCUAGCCAUUCUUGACUGCGUCCGGGGUGGAAAGGUGGAAGUUAAUGAUAUGCGCCAAUACUUGUUGAAUUGUUAA